GAUCAUGGCCGGCUGCUGGGCUCGCGCUCCGAACCCGUGUGUCAGGCAUCGCACGACUACCUAUCUCCCCUCGUGUGCGGCUCUCAGGUUCCUUCACCAUCCUGUCCACCAUGUCCAGCCCCCCGUCGUCUCGCUUUGAAUACGCACAGGCAUCAAAGAGUUUAUCGCAGCCUGAGCUCGCCCUUAGCGACCUCAGUCCACCAUCUGUCCCCUCACCAUUGCUGUCACCUGCUGUCAGACGGGUCGACGGAGGAUACCAGGCCUGGGCAUCCCUCAUCGGAGGCUUGUUCGCAACCACUGCGACCUUCGGCUACACCAAUGCUUUUGGCGUCUACCAAGAUAUCUAUACCCGUGAAGGCACGGCAUCCGCCUCCAGCAUCAGUUGGAUCGGCUCUACUCAGCUCUUCUUUCUCCUCGCCAUGGGCCUCCCCUCGGGUGUGCUCCUCGAUAAAGGCUAUUUCAAAGUCACUCUUGCCUCAGGUUCUCUCCUAUUUGCUUUUUCACUGUUCAUGCUCUCUAUUGCCGAUCACAGCAAGUUCUACCAACUCUACCUCUCCCAGGGCCUUGGCAUGGGCAUCGGCGCUGGUCUGAUCUACGUCCCCUCCGUGGCCGUUCAAGGGCACCAUUGGCGCACUCGCCGUUCUCUAGCCAUGGGUAUCGUUGUCUGCGGCUCAUCCGUAGGGGGCAUAAUAUUCCCGAUCAUGCUCAACAAGCUCUUGAACGGGCACACGGGCUUUGCAUGGGGCGUGCGCGCGAGCGCGUUCCUGGUCCUUGCCCUCCUCGUCGCCAGCAACGUACUCAUGACAGCUCACCCACCAGCGCGCACCGCUGACGCACGGAAAGUAGACAUGAAGGCAAUUCUUACUGACGUGCCGUACCUCCUAGCCAACAUCUCGACACUCAUCCUUGACUGGGCCCUGUUCUUUCCAUAUUUCUACCUCCAGCUCUACGCAAUACUUCAUGGGGUUGACGCGAACGUCGCCUUCUACACCAUCGCGAUUAUGAACGCAGCAGCGAUCCCGGGGCGCAUCUUGCCCAACUACUUUGCGGACAGGGUCGGGCCGUUCAAUGUAAUCGUGCCCGUCACCCUCGGCUGUGCUGUGUUGUUGUUCGCGCUCUUCGGCGUCAAGGACAUUGGAGGCACAGUGGUCUUCGCGAUCCUAUUUGGCUUCUUCUCCGGUGCAUAUCUCUCGUUGUGCGCACCAUGUGUAGCAAGUCUUGCGCGUGAUACGAGCGAAAUCGGGGCGCGAUUCGGACCGGCAUAUCUCAUCACCUCCUUUGGCGCGCUCACGGGGAACCCGAUUGCCGGUGCGCUCCUUGGCUCCGGCUUUCCCUGGUGGAAGCCCAUCCUCUUUUGCGGUCUCGCCUCCAUGGCGUCCCUUAUUGUGCUCGUCAUCGCCCGGAACAUGAUCGCGGCGCGCAAGGGAACACAAUUGGUAUGAGUUCGUGUGGAGGCUAUCAAGAUGCCAUCUCGCAUGUUUCCAUCGUCGUAACUUAUUUCCGCAUAACUCUGGCAUUCGGCUCGUAUUGGGACAUGGACUCGUAAUGAGAACUGGGUCGUUUCCAGCCCGCUGGCUGGCGUGCAUAUAUCGGAAAUUGUUUCAGAUUGCCAGUGUGUGU